CAUUUUACAGAAGUUGAUUUUGCAGCAACACUUAUUCGUUUUAGUUUUGUGCGCUUUGCUGUCUGUUUAUCCUGACGCAUCAAUUCAGUGCAUUUUCCAGCAGAGAUCGCAGGCUGGGACGAUGACGGCUCGAGUGUGUUUCUCGUUGACUGCUGUUUUUUUGUGUCUGUUCGGAUACUUGAGCAUAACUCAUGCUAUUCAAAGACGAACCACAGUGAAGCCGGGUCAGUGUCCCAUACCGGAAAUGAUUCCACUGUGUGCUAAAAGCUGUUUCCAUGAUGGCCAGUGUCCUGACACACAGAAAUGUUGCCCAACCACCGGUGGCUUUGCAUGCAGUGAACCACGUGGUCAGGAAAGAGGUCAGGCAAGUUGUCAAGGAAGCGGCUCUGGUCAGGGCGCCGGACAGGGAAGCGGUUAUGGCCAGGGCGCCGGAGCGGGACAGGGUAGCGGCAUUGGUUUGGGACAGGGAAGCGGUUAUGGCCAGGGAACGGGACAGGGAAGCGGUUAUGGCCAGGGCGCCGGAGCGGGACAGGGAAGCGGUUAUGGCCAGGGAAGUGGCCAGGGAAGCGGUUAUGGCCAGGGCGCCGGAGCGGGACAGGGAAGCGGUUAUGGCCAGGGCGCCGGAGCGGGACAGGGAAGCGGAGCUGGACAGGGAAGCGGCCAGGGCGCUGGAGCUGGACAGGGAAGCGGAGCUGGACAGGGCGCUGGAGCUGGUCAGGGCGCUGGAACUGGUCAGGGAAGUGGACAGGGAAGCGGAGCAGGUCAGGGCGCUGGAGCUGGCCAGGGAAGCGGAGCUGGACAGGGAAGCGGCCAUGGAAGCGGAGCUGGACAGGGAAGCGGCCAUGGAAGAGGAGCUGGUCAAGGCGCAGGAGCUGGUGAGGGCGCUGCUCAGGGAAGCGGCCAGGGCGCAGGACAUGGCAGCGGUGCUGGACAGGGAUGCGGCCGAGGGAAUUGUCAUGGAUGUGGCCAAGGUCAAUGUUGUGGUCAGGGACAUGUUAAUGGUAAUUUAGCAUAAUAUUUUCUGGAGAUCUUUUCCACUCCUUCAUUCAAAUGGCAUGUUUUCCCUUUUUGCUCAUGUGGUUUAGAAUUUCUGUCUCUACCACCUCAAAUUAAAAAAAAAAAAAAAAAAUUGCUUGAUUUU